UUGUGAAUGAUGUGUGAUGGGUGGAGGGAAGCGAGAAGAGUGAUGGCAACCCCUUGUCGGUAGCAAAAGGAUCUGAAUGGCAUGGUACAUCUCUAUAAAUACGAUCUUUGUUAGUCAGAUCCAAUCCACUCUCACACUCUCUCUAUAAAUAACGUAACACUCUUCUGCAAUUCCCAAUCCAAUGGAUCAACCACCCAAAUUCGUAAUCGAGGCAUCGGAAGCCCUCGCUCUCGCCGAGUCCGCCGCCAUCACACUACCGGAACUCCUCCCUAGACUGGUCCCCGCCGCCCGGUCCCUCGCUCGCCCACCCAUAUCCAACUUCCAGGUGGCCGCCGUGGGCCUGGGUCCCUCCGGCCGCAUCUUUGUGGGUGUCAACCUCGAGUUUCCGGGCCUCCCCCUCCACCACGCGGUCCACGCGGAGCAGUUCCUCGUCAGCAACCUCUCUCUGAAUGCGGAGGCCAACCUGACCUCCUUCGCCGUCUCCGCCGCACCCUGCGGACACUGCCGCCAAUUCCUCCAGGAACUCCGCGCUGCCUCCGACGUGAAUAUCCUGAUUACCUCCCAUCAUACGCCGCAAUUCACCCCUCUCUCUCACUUCCUGCCUCACCAAUUCGGCCCCCACGACCUCCUCUCCCCUGGCACUCCCCUUCUCUUGGAAACCCAUCACAACGCCUUAACUCUUCUCCCAAAUCACACCAACGACGACGCCUUCUGCAACGGCUACCUCCACAACCACAAGCUCAAGAAUGCGGCUCUCGAAGCCGCCAACAAAUCUCAUGCACCCUACACUGCCUCCCCGUCAGGCGUUGCCCUCCUCGACCGCCACGGCAAUAUUUACAAAGGUUCUUACUUGGAAUCCGCCGCUUUUAAUCCCAGUCUCGGCCCAGUCCAGGCUGCGCUCAUCGCCUUCGUCGCUGCAGGCGGUGGUGAGUUCGAUGAGAUUGUGGAUGCCGUUUUAGUAGAGAAGGAAGACGCUGCGGUUAAACAGGAGCAGACGACGAGGUUGUUGCUUCACUCCAUUUCGUCCGAUUGCAACUUGAGCACAUACCUUUGUCAUUCCCGACCUUCACUAUCCUAAUUCCAGUAGCAACCAUUAAAAACAGUUUUAAAUAUUAUAGUUAGAACUAUUAAUCGUUGCUUCUAUGAUUAAUGAAACGGUUUGAUGAGUUUAAAUGUUUUAUAUGAACAACAUGAGAGUUUAUGAGU